GUUAGCCGGGUACUCGCACGAGACUUGUAUGCGAAUGUAUGCAAUUGGUAAGCCAAAACACUUUCCCAUUAAUUAGCAUAGCAAAAUGCCUAAAUUACCUGGUUAUUCAUUUUGAAUUAUAAUAAGAUCUGAGAAGUGCUUUAAUUGGCGUAAACUGUUUGUCUGCACCCCAUGUCUGUCUCCUGUCUCUCUAUUUACUACCCAAUGAAUUAGGAAACUUCUCGUGUCUGAGGGCUACCAUCAAAUUGAAGCGACAAUUAGGUCUCUACAUCGUCAAGAAGUACAUCCCGAGCACAUUGAUUGUGGUCAUGUCGUUCGUGGGCUUCUGGAUACCGGUCACCGCAUACCCGGCCAGAGUGGCGCUCGUGAUAACAGCCCUAUUGGCGCUCAUCACACAACAGCAUCAGAGCGCUGAAGUGAACGUCUCAUACGUGAUUGCACUCAACGUUUGGAUGAUUAUCUGCAUUGCAUUCGUGUUCUUCGCGCUCAUAGAGUAUGCCAUCGCUAUUGCCUAUUGCGAGAGCUUUUACCGGCUCAUCACCACCGAUGACCAGCACCAACACCAUAGCCGAGUAUGUCAUCAGUCAUACCGUACCAUACCC